ACCCUUCACAACCUUUUUUGAUCUACAAAGACCACUACAACAACAACAACAAAGCUUGAUCAUGUGUAGCAUCUAAAGCAAGCAGCCUGUCGCAGAUCAAAGACCCUUAUUAAGGGCACGAUAUCGCUGAUGAUGGAUGAUAACGAAGUAUCUUACGAAAUGUUCGUAGAGGCUUUGGAGGUGUGGAAUGUUCGUUGGCGUCAGAUUUUCGAAGAGCGGAAUAGUGACGCGGGAUCGCUUUGGAUCUUGGAGAAUGCGACAAAGAAGGGUGGAUAUAAGGGGAAGCAAGGCCGCGAAGAUCAGCAAGGAGGGAUGGAAGGCUUGGAGGCUGGUUUCGACAGGGUCUAUUCGCAGGGCUCUAGCAUCAUGAAUGGUCCUAGUUCGUCUGCUGCCUCUCCUCUCAUGUCAGAUAACGGUUCGGGCCAGCAACAAGAUCGAUCUCCAGGGUCAGAAGGACGACAACCAGGGGCUUUUUUGACUAGGGAUAUGAGCUUUUUAAGCCUUCCUCCUCCUGCGCUUCCUGACGACGAACAUCCCUUUGACACUGCCGAUACAGCAAACUCUGUGGCUAAAGAUGAGAUGGGCCUCCUUGAACUUCCUCCGCCAAUGUACGAAUCAACAACAUAUGAUGACUCCUCUCGAGAGUCCGAGUCUUCGGUCCCAAGUUACCUUCUAGAUGGGGAGGAUUCAUCAGAUCUAACUAGAUCAGUGGUGUUGCAGCGAACUUCGUCCAUGACUUUUCUACCAGCUGACUGGUCUGAUUCCAUGAUGCCUGAACACCGUUACUAUGAUGUGGACACAAGAGAUGACCAGACCCCAAGCCCAUCUGCCUCCUUGCUACUAGAAGCAUCACAUAUAUUGGAAGAAGACUCCCAGGACUCCGGCCGUGAAAGAAGAUGGCUUCGAAGCCCCAGCCCGGCAUUGACACCAUAUCCCUCACUGGAGAGUUCGGCAGCGUCUUUGGAGUAUGGGCUUUCUCAGACUGUGGAUUCUGGGGAUUUGAUGCCGACUAUCUAUCCGGGAAUGGAAGACUACCCACCGGUUGAAGAAGAUGGUUCAGGCCCAGACACCGAGGAUUGGAGCAAUAGAUCACGUUCGCUCUUCAAUUCAACCCCGCCACACCAUCAUCGGGUCGUCGGAAUCCCUGUCAACCUCUGAUGGAGCAGCAGCAGCAGCAGCAAUUUCGGCGUUUGGAAACUUGGCAUGGGCGGUAACUUUAAUGGAGAUGCGGAAGGCUGGAGAUACGGAAGGCGGGCGUGCUUGGUGUUUGUGUAGGGAUGAAUGAUGGUUACGGAAAA